ACUUUAAACAAAAUGUGUAGUUGUCGAUUAUUUUAUAUUAUCAGUCGAUUUUUUUACGAACCGUUGUUUUAAAACAGUCAAGCGAAUAGUGGAGUGACACCAAGACACCCAGAAAGGGCGCCUAUAAAAUACUACUUCCGGUUUACGGCAGACCACGUACGUUUAUUGCGCUUUCAAAAUAAAGGUUUUUGUUUACUUGAGAGUUUUUCCCCUCGGUGAGGGAUUUAAAAGCUCCAAUGCCGCAGUGGACUUGCGUCAUCUUGGUUAAUUAAUGUCAGUCUGCGUUACCUGCUGACGUUGUUCGGCAGGUAAGACACACCUGGAACAACUUGAUGUACUUCCAGUAGUAAUCAUGUCGCUGCAGGUAACUUUUAUGGCGGUGUGGACGUUCACGGCAGCUUUUGGUCAAACGUGGCACACUUUGGACUCCUCGUACGUCGCUGCGGUGUACGAACAUCACCUGAUCCAAAACCCGAACCCCCUGGUCCCCGUGUCCCGGCACCAAGCCCUCCAGCACAUGCAGAAGAACUUGGACGUGUACGAGGCGCAAGCAGCUCUGGCAGCCCAGCAGGGUGCAGACAUCGUGGUGUUUCCAGAAGAUGGUCUUCAGGGGUUCAACUUCAGCCGCUCCUCUAUUUCCGGCUACCUGGAGACGGUUCCUGACCCCCGAGAGGAGAAGUGGAACCCCUGCACGGAACCCAGCAGGUUUAACAACACAGAGGUUCUCCAGCAGUUGAGCUGCAUGGCUCGCCGCCACAACCUCUACGUGGUAGCCAACAUGGCCGACCUGCAGCCCUGCCCCUUGAGGACAGACCCCGCCUCUUCCUGUCCCCCCGAUGGACGCUGGCAGUUCAACACCGACGUGGUUUUCAGGUCAGACGGGCUGCUGGUGGCUCGUUACCAUAAGCACAACCUUUAUUUUGAAGGGGCUUUUGACGUACCGCCGCGGCUGGAGGUCGUAACGUUCGAUACGCCUUUCGCCGGGACGUUUGGCCUCAUUACCUGCUUUGACAUCCUCUUCUUUGAGCCCACAAUAGUCCUCCUGGAGAGAGGUGUGCGUCAGCUGAUCAUCCCCACAGCCUGGAUGAACCAGCUGCCCCUACUGGACGCGAUACAGUUCCAGCGGGCGUUCAGCCUGGGCGCCAACGUCACGCUGCUCGCCGCCAACAUCCGCCACGAUGCACUGAUCAUGACAGGAAGUGGCGUCUACACCCCCUUCACAGCCGCCUACCACCACGCGCACAGAGGGGACCCCGAGGAGGGCCGGCUGGUCGUGGCCAGGGUCCCGGUGUUGGAGCCACAGUGGGACGAGGAGGGGGGCGGAGUCAAGGGGUGGUCUACAGACCCCCAGUAUUGUCACCAAGACAGCUGUGCUUGGUCUCCACCACCCACCUUCCCCGCCUCCAUGAUGUAUGAUCUCUUUCAGUUUGUCCUCCUCGACCACACAAAAGGCCAAGUGGAGGUGUGCCAUGGCAGUUUCUGCUGUCGCCUGCAGUUCCAGCAGUUUCCAGAGGGGGUCAGUAAAGAGCUCUACGCACUGGGAGCUUUUGAAGGCACUCACACAGUCAACGGGCGUUAUGCUCUGCAGGUGUGUGCGGUGGUGCGCUGUGCAGGGAUGGAGGCAGCCUCUUGUGGACAAGUAGUGGAAGAAGCACACACUAAAUUUAACUUCACGCUUGAGGCCCAAUUUGGGAGCAAAUAUGUGUACCCAUCUGUUCUGGUGAGUGCUUACGUCCUGGAGCAGCCUGACCACGUGGAGAAGACUGGAGACGGGAGGAUGACCAUGAAACAUGCAAACACAGCAGGAGGGCUGGUCACCGCCUGCUUGUACGGACGCGUCUAUCACCUGGACAAGCAAUGAAGCACACAUUUGUAACGUUGCACACACUUGAAAUGGUGUGGUCUGAAAAUCAUGACAUAACUUUAUUCUUUGCUCUUACUUUACAAACAUCAGGAAAGGUGCUCGUUCUCAAAAAGGAAAUAUGUAUUUCUCUCACACACAGUACAUAAACAUAUGUAUGUAUGUAUGAACAUACAUAUAUAUUCCUGAAAUUCCUUAAUACAGUUAAUUCCUUGACACAAUGUACAGCUUGUCUCUAUAUCCAACAAUAACCAAAUAAGCAGAAUAACAACACAUAGUGCCACAGUCAUCCACAACAUGUUUACUAACAUUAUGGGAAAUCAAGUCACCAGUGGCCUAUUUAUAUGUGAUAUGACUGACCAUUUACCUGUCUUUACUUGAUAUGACUGUCAUCUCAAGCAAACCAAAGACACUAUGGCAAACAUCUCUAAACGAAUAACAGCUGAGGAAAUAAUCUGUGCACUAAACAAUAGUUUAGCAGUUGAGGAUUGGACUUCAGUCUACAGAGAACCAAAUGUGGACAGUGCUCAGGCCCGGCCCUAACCAAUCUGGCGCCCUAGGCAAGAUUUUAGGUGGCGCCCCCCCCACAUCGGCAGUGAAGUGUAUAUACUCACAAGAAACCGAAUAGCUUUGUCUUUGACCUUUUUUUUUUUUACUUACAACUAUACCUAAUAUAUAAAGGGGUGGAAAAGUGACUAUUACCUGCAGGGCAAACAUUAG